ACACACUCAUUCCUCAAUUCCCAAACCCUAAUUCCAUAGUCCAUCACAUCUACAAUGGCUUCUAAAGCUGCCCUAAUUUUUCUCCUUUCGAAUGUUCUCUUCUUUACAAUGGUGGCCUCAUCACCAUCUCCAUGCCCACCACCACCACCACCAAAGCCAAAGCAUCAUGGCAGCGGCAGCCAUGGCGGCGGCAAGUGCCCCACUCUAAACUUGGGUGUGUGUGCCAAUGUGCUGAACCUGGUGAAAUUAAAGAUCGGAAAACCUCCAAAGGAGCCUUGCUGCAGCCUGAUCCCCGGCGUGCUCGAUCUAGAGGCUGCCCUCUGCCUCUGCACCAACAUCAAACUCGACGUCUUGAACCUUGUCAAGCUCAACCUGCCACUCUCACUCGAAUUGCUUGUCGGCCUCUGUGACAUUAAGCUUCCCAAGGACUUCAAGUGCCCAUCUUAAUUGGAGAUUUCGAUCAAUCUACCUCGAUGUUUUGCAAUAUCUCUUUCUGCUUUUUGGUCGUUUGUUGAUUUCUUUUUUUUGAUCUGGUCUAGAGGUUUGUUUGUUGUCGUUGUUAUCUUUGUCGCUAUGUUAUGUAAUAACAUUGCUGGCUAUAUAGAAGGUUUCUGGCCUUCUAGCAGAGUAAUCAGCAAUGGAUAUUUAAUUAGCCUUUGCGUUUAUUAAAUUGAAUAAUAUUAUCAUUAUAAGUUUUAUCAA